AUGACUAUCAACCCCACCACCCCUACGAUGACCCGUCAGCGACGCAGCAGUACCUCUUCGGUUGCCAGUCGAAGAGCCAAGCGCCACUACGUCGAGCACAACUACCGUGAUCACUACAAUGAUCCCAUCUAUGUACCGGGUGAGAGUGACGAAGAGAUGGAGACCCCUAAACGCCGUGGCCCUCGUGGUGGAGUGGUCGUUCCGUUCCCUGAGCGCCUCUACAACAUGUUGUGCCAGGUAGAAGAGGAUGGAUUUGAGGAUGUGAUUUCAUGGCAACCUCAUGGAAGGUGCUUCAUUGUGCAUGAUCCCAAGAGAUUUGUGGACGAAGUGAUGCCAAAGUAUUUCCGUCAAAGCAAACUUACCUCCUUUCAGCGCCAAGUAAAUCUCUAUGGAUUUCGACGCCUCACUGCCGGAAAGGACCGCGGUGCCUAUUACCACGAACUUUUCCUUCGCGGACGUGCCGAUCUCUACAAGCGCCUUGUAAGGAUCCGUGUCAAGGGAACUGGUAUCAAGUCAGCUUCAUCUCCAUCAACAGAACCGGACUUUUAUACCUACCCCAGAUGCGCCGAAAACGACGCUGCCAAGUCCAUACGCUCCAAGGACGAAGAUAUGGAAAUGAAUGCAUUCAUGCCCAUUGCCGAUACCACAAGCAGCUCUCAAUUUGUAAGCAUGGAAGAUGCACUGCCCGCCAAGCCCAUUUGGAAGCCAUUGAGUGCUCCACCGAAAAUGGUGAUGGUUUCCCCUGAGCUGGGACCCAUCGAGGCGACAUCCAUGGGAAUGAGCAGUGGGCUGAAGAAAAGCUUUGGGGAAAGCGAUUUUGAGGAUCCAUGGAGGCUUCCUACAAGUACCUCGGGGCUUCUUUCCCUCUCUUCUAUGGCCAAGGGGAUUGUGUUCGGUUCUACUAGCUCACUGACAACCAGUGCUAUCCAAGAGGAUCCUUGCCCCAUCACACCUGAAUCCACACUUCGACAAAUUGUGUCGAAUGAGUUGGAUCAGGCUCUGGCCAUGGUGAGUCCCGGUGACUCUCCUAUCCCCUCUACAUUUCCGUCCAUGGCGUCCCUGGCACAUGCCCCGGCAUCCAUGAAACAUCAAGAUCUCCUGGCAUUGGGCCCAGAAACAGCGAUGGACUUCAAAAUGGACACCUUCCAAGAAGGAAUUGAAGCCCUGCUUGAAUCUGACUUUUCGGGCUUCCCUGAAAUGCCCGGCACCGAUGUCAAGCAGCCAACGGAUUAUUCUUUGGACCCUUUGUUCCUCUUGGAUGAAGUUGUUGGAAAUUAA